ACAGAGCCAUUGCUGCAUGCUCAAAUGGAAGAGGAUGACAUUCAUUACCUUUCCGGGAAGCCGUUUUUCCAUCUGCGUCCCCCCGCCAAAUUCAUUUCGCUGCUGCCCAGUGCAAGAGUUGGAGUAGUUCUCAGACAUGGUGGCAAGAACUGGAACAUGUCUUACAUUGGAGACUGCGGCCUACCGAGGUUUGACAGCAAUUGGAAAGCAUUUGUCCUAGAAAAUGAACUCAAGAUUGGAGAUGCUUGUGUCUUUGAACUAAUGGAAUGCAGCCGUACAAACCUCAGGUUCAAAGUUCAUAUCCUGAGGGGUGAUUUGCCACCUGAAUUGUUAACAAAGGUCAAUUCUCGUGGUAAGACAUCAGAUGCUCCAAUCGUGCUCGAUUAG